UCGUUGAACUCGGAACGUUUUCCGCCAGUUGUCAUAGCAAUGAGCUUGGAAUUUGACAUCAAAAAUCCAGCAUCUUAAACGCAUGCUUAAGGUGAAUUUGUUGGUUGUUUUCAAGAGCUCUGAAUACGCCCGGCCAGAAUGACUUCCCAGUGUCCCUUUCUAAACAAAGCAAGCGGCUAAAACGUGACCGUUAAACCACAGUUGUGUAUACUACCACUGUUUGUGCACACAUGAACUAUAGCUACAGCAAGAGGAAAAUGAACGCGUCUAUUGCUACGUCAAGUGAUAUUUUGGACAAAAAGUGGCAUAAAAUCACKUAUGAAAAACACAAAAAAAGAUUGGAAGAAAUAAAAGGAACAGUUCGAGACCAAAACAGACUGAGAUACAACUACGAAGAAGUACAGCUACAAAUGAGAAUACGACGAGCCAUUGCUGAAGAAAGACGGCAAGCGAUCAUCGACCAAGAAAAUCGUAAGCUUUUAGAACGAUUAGUACAAAUCACUACAAAUCAACGAUCUCACUUUCCCGAGCCAUGGACAAGGAAAAAGAAAACGGAAAAAGGAAAGAAAAAAGAAGAAAAGCAAAGGAAAAAGAAAGAAGCUGCCACRAAAGUAGAGGAACUUCCACCAAUAAAAUAGGAAACAAAAGAGAAAUAGAUAUGACAAAACAUUUAUCYAAAAGAGGUUUUCUAAAAAGGAUUAUAUAUAUUAUUUUAUUGAAAAAUAUGAAUGUUUUUUUUUACAAGGUAAAUAAUGAUAAAUAGUCAGGUAGAUGCAUGGACUUGAUGAUAACAGUUAUCAUUUUUGAGUGAAAUGGAUACAAAGAAACUUAUAUAGCAUGAAAAAAUCAAAUUUGAUAAAACUAUUGUCUCUCAAGGAUAUACUAGAAGCAGUGCAUUUUGGUAACAAACUAUCCAUGUUUUUAUAAUAAAAAGAUUUAUUAAAUU